UGGGCGGGACUAGAGCCCGGGAGCUGAUUCCUGACUGGCUCCGCCGCCCCGGAACUUCCUGCCCGCUGUGCGCGUCUGUGGCGCCUCCUGGAGCCGGAGCUGCUGCGUGCGGGGGCCGGCGCUCUAGUGACAAUGGCCAGAAGCAAACUAAGAGGACAGAAGACCAGGAACGUGUUCCACAUAGCCACCCAGAAACACCUGAAAGCUAAGAACAAAGCAAAGCCCGUCACCACUAACCUCAAGAAUAUAAGUAUUGUGAAUGAGGAAAAGAUUAACAGAAUGAACAGAGCUUUUGUAGACAUACAAAAGGAGCUUGCACACUUCUCAAAAGGCCUUUCCCUGGAGCCUCUGCAGAAGCCACUGACUCCUCAGCAAUGUCAUGCAAAUGAACCAGUCAAUGUUGAUGAAGCUACCAAGUUGAUGGCUCAGUUGUAAUGCAACACUGGUGAUGCAGCAGAUUUCUCCCCAAGACCAAUAAAUUAAAUGUUUCAUACAAUUUUA